AUGCUCCCCAUGAACUCUUCUACACAGCCGAGCAACUGCACCGGACAGGCUGCCGGGGCACCAGUUACGUUGCAUCCUCCACCCUCAGGCACUUCUCUGCCUCCUAAGCUACCGCACUUGACCUUCGAGAACCCUGAUGAUAGCGACAGCACCGAAUUUGACGACUCCAACAACAGUGAAGAUGAUGAAUCCGACACAGAGGCAAGCCCGGUCGAGGCCAUCAAAAACAACAUGGCCAACCCUUUGAGGGCGGAAAGGCCUCGCGUACCGCAGGCAAAUGUUGGCUUCCAGCGAGCUCAAACUCCGAUCGAGUCUGCACAGGCAAAGGUGCUCGAGGACCUUGUCAACAAAGUCUCAAAACUGGAGACAGAACUGGGUAAAUUUCGAGGCACCACAUCGGCCCCAGACCAUGAAGACCGCCAUGCCGGGGCAUCACCCUUGACUACACCAGGUAUUCGACUCCAACCACCCACUUACCCCGGACAUAUCAACAGAGCGCCGUCUCCUCGGCAAACAGCUCCUCGGAUAGUCACCGGUCAGACAACCUCAGCCUUCCCUGAGCUAGCACCCCGAUCACCAUCCGGUGUUCAGUUCAGUUCACCAGUGCCGCCCUUCUCGUCUGGCGGCCACCCGGCGGGUCCGUUUCCGGGUGUAAAGACACCCGUGGUUGAGAUUUCCGCUGUUGACCUCAAAUGGGGUCCGCUGUUCGACGAAAAGGGAGCGCCAACAAAAAGAUGGGAGCAAGUGUUGAAAGGUCUUGGUCAAUACAUUCUCGAUGAAUUUAUGCCACAAAAGACGUUGGUGAUGGCUCCUCAAAAGAUGGCAGCUUUCUACUCCCAGCACAACAUCGAGUGUGAGGCAGUUUCAUUCCUCGAAAUAUUUCGAAGUCGGAAUCAAGACGUCCAUGUCAGAUUGUCCGAGCUGUAUGACCAGCUCGGGUUCGAAUAUCACUUGGCACCUUCAGCACCCGGAUGUAGGCCGACGGUGCCUGGCUUGACCCUCCACGGAUGGACUCAGUGGAUGACGUUAGCCAUGAGGGCGCAUCCUGAUGAAGAGGCUCGCAGGUUCGCCAAGGUGAUCACGAUGCUGCCCAUUAAUGCCGAGAGUCCACUUGACGGCAAGCUAGAAAGACUUCCGAAGCAGAUAUCCCGUCACCUUUUGCCGGAGAAGGCCGACCCAGCAUCCCGGGGAAAGUUCAGCGCCGCCCUUCGAGUGGUACAGGAAGCUUUGGGACUGUUGUCUCCGCCGCCCAAACCGAGUCUCCAGGAACGACGGCCAUCUCAAUCGCGCGCUGUUAGCCCUAGGUCUCGAUAUAAGCCCUCAUCCGUUGGCAUUCCGUCACCUCCCUCCUCAGUCUCCGGGGCGGCCGUGGAUGAUGACUACCGGAGAGGUGACCGUGAGCGCGAGCGAAACUACCGCGACCUUCCAGGAAGACCAUACGAGAGUAAUGGCUCCGCGAGGCGAGACCCUCCAUUAUCGCGAUCAACAACGGGACUUGGCUUGCCCACUCGCCCCCCUUCGCGGACCGGACCCCCUUCGACAACAAGUUCUCGCCGACGUAGCUCACCUGCCCCCUAUCACAGAAGCUCCGUAUCAGGGGCAAGUGGAAGAGAGGAGAGGGGAUACACCAGGUCGUCGUCUGAUGCUACCAUAUAUCCUCACCGGUCGGACCAAAGGGAGCGAGAGCGUGAACGAGAAAGAGAACGCGAAAGAGAUAGGGAGCGGGAGCGUGAUCGUGACAGAGAGAGAGAUUCCCGAGACUCCAAGGCCAGAGGACGAGAAAGGGAGGCAGACAGAAGGGACAGAGGCAGUCGAAGAUCGGCCUCGGUGGUGAGCAACACGGACCGAAAAGGAGGCCUUGGUCGUCCUAACCGAAGGAGUUCUGUGAUUGUCCAAGAUGAACGAGCGGGCAACUUGGGACGUGCCCCGACGUGGGGAGAUUUCUUUACAGGAAAGUCAGCCAUGGCUUGA